AUGGAAAGACACUUCGAGAAGAAGAGCCUAGCAAACAAGCUCUUUAUUCGUCAUCGCCUCUUUGCGGCCAAGACGGAAGAAGGAGAAGACGUGCUGGAGCACAUCAACAAGAUCAAAACGCUGGCGGAGCAGCUCGAUGCAGCAGGCGCUCCGGUCAGUGCGGACGACCUGGUCAUUACGCUUCUCGCCAAUCUCAGCGAGUCGUACGCGUUUCUCAUCACAGAAUUGGGGUCAAGAGCCGACUCGUUGUCGUGGGAACUCGUGACGUCUCGGCUGCUACACGAAGACUUAAAGCGCAAAGAGCAAGGUGGUGGCGUCGAUGGAGCCGCGCACAACCAAGGUCAAGCGUUUGUAUCAACGGGAAGUGGACGGCGCAAGGGACGACAAGUGUCAGUGAAGGGUAACAGCACCUGUCACUACUGCGGUGAACAUGGGCAUUGGAUUGCCACGUGCCCAACUCGGAUUUGCGAGAAUGCCGAGCGACAACGGCCGCAGCACGCAAACAUUGCACAGAAUGAUGACGAUUUUGGCGAUUAUUGUUUCUCGGUUGGCGACAUUGCGUGUACGGUCAAAUCAAGUUGCGUGUGGCUGAUUGACUCCGGAGCGACACAGCACAUGACGUACUCGAAAGAGUACAUAAAGAAUUACAAGAAAAUUGCACCAAUCGACGUGCAUCUCGCCUACGAUGGUGUGAAACAAGCGAUUGGAACGGGCGAUAUUGUGAUGUCGAUGAUGACACCACGUGGAAUGAAAACGGGUUUGCUAACAGAUUGCCGCUUCCAAAAGGAUGCAAAGCGAUUGGCGGUCUUUCGAGUUCAGAAACAUCAAGACAGAGAGGUCGAACGCUACAAAGCGCGUCUGGUGGCCAAGAGAUUUGCACAAAAGUACGGCAUUGAUUAUGAGAAAACUUUUGCAUCAGUUGCGAAAUUUCCCUCAAUUAGAGUACUGCUUAGCCUCAGUGCCAUUUACGGUCUCAGGGUUCAUCAGUUGGAUGUGAAGACGGUUUUACUAAAUCGACUUCUUGAAGAGGACAUCUUCAUGGUGCAGCCCGACGGUUAUGUUGACAAAAGUCAUUCCGAUCAUGUGUGCAAGUUAAAAAGGUUGUUGUACGGGAUCAAGCAGUUGCCAAGAACGUGGAACAAUACGUUUGAUGAUUUUAUGCUACAUCUAGAAUUCAAGAAGUGUGAAUCGGAUCAUUGUGUGUACACAAAGCGUACAGCUCAAGUAAUGAUUUUUGUUGCGCUUUACGUUGACGACUUGACCCUCGCAAGUAGCAGUAUCAACAUGCUCCGAGAAACAAAACAAGCCCUUAGCGAGCGAUUCGAGAUGACCGGUAUGGGCCAGCUCAAGUGUUUCUUUGGCAUGGAGAUUAAACAAGACACGGUAGCGAGGACAGUUUUGACGUUGCAGACCAAGUUUGCACACGGCAUUUUGGAGAAGUUUAAAAUGGCACAUUGCAAAACGGUCCAUACGCCACAAGAUCCCGGUCUCAAGCUAACCAAAAUCAUGUGUGAAGGUGGAUGCAAACAUGACGAGACAAUGGCUGGCGUGCCGUAUCGCAAUGCCGUUGGGUGCCUUAUGGAUCUCAUGGUAGGCACGCGUCCAGAUCUGGCAGCGGCAGUUAAAGAGUUGAGUCAAUUAUGCAGCGGAUCCAUGUCCAACGCGUUGGCAAGCUCUUAA